AUGUGCAGAAGCAUUAUGCCUUUUUAUUUCGCCUCCCCAAGAUAUUUAGAAGCAACUAUAGCUUUAGAAAUUCUUGCAGUGAAAACUUGCUUAGUAUCAUCACAACAUGACACUAUUAGGAAGAAGCAUUGGAAACUGUUGAACGUUCACUUUUUCCUGCUUUCAGCAUAUUCAAAAAUAUUAAAAUGGGUUCAAUGA